AUGCUUCCACACCAUCAGCUAGCUCCUCCGAAUCCACGAGAGUUGGAGACUUCUUCACAAACUACAGUGUAUGCAGAAAGACACGGUCGUGGUAACCGUCUACCACUGAGACGGCCAACCCCACGACUGGCCACAUUGCGGCACUACAGACAACCAUCCGCACGACUGGCCACACGACAUGUCCCAUUGCUUCACCACAAACGGCCAACCCCACCACUGGCCACAUUGCGGCACCACAGGCCACCAUCCCCACGGCUUCUCACAUUGCUGCCAACACCCGAAUCCCAUUUCUUUUGCAGUCUACUUGAUACUGACUUGUGGACUGAGUUGUGUCGCCUUUUAUACUUUGCUCAUCAGCUGCAUCCGUUCCACGUGAUGCGCGUGCUCGUGUACUUUUCAAUCGACAUUCAUACUUACCACCCUCCAUCAUCGCCCUCGUGA